UACCUUAAAAUAUCAAGCAAAAUACCAACCUACAAAACACGGGUCACACCUGCAGGCACCUCAAAAUACAAUAAUUUUGAUGAAAUUCUGACCUUUCCUCGUAAAUUGUGAAAUUCAGCGGCCUGCAAGAUGUCGCGGCACAGGAUAGUGCGCACCAUGGACUACAACGACGAGUACGACGGAUACGAUGAUAUUUACGGCCACUCGGUGGAGGAUGACCACCUGAGCAUCUCGCCCACGGACGCCCAGCAGUGGCUCUACGAUCGGGCUCGUGGCCAGCAGAGCAUCUCGGCGUUCAUCAGCAAGAACAAGGACAUCCAGGAGGAGGAGGACGACGAGGAGGAUGAGGAUGCGGCCUUCCAGAAGGCCCGCCGCGACUCCGAGAGCUUCCAGAUGCCGCAGCUGGACGAGAUCGAGCAGGCCAAGCUGAGCUCCUGCGUGGACGAGGUGCGCAGCGUGGUGGGCGACGCCGUCUCCGAGCGGCGCAUCGUGGAGACCUCCAUGAAGUUCGACUACGACAUGCAGAAGAUCCUGGACGAGAUCUUGAACGAGGAGACCAAGUCUGCGAAGCCAGCUGCUAAUAGGAUCAAAGUUCCCGCUGCUUCUGUGCUGCCCAAAUCCUCCAGCAAAACGGCGCCCACUCCACCACCCAAGAUCAGCCUAAAAGAGCCAAGAAGAGGCUUUGAAAUAGCCUCGCCCAAGGUGCCCUCCUCCCCCGUGGUCUCGGGAAGAAAUACCCCAGUGGACAUGACUCCGGAUGACAUCUCGCGCAGCUCGGCGUCCCUCUUCAAGGUCUCCAAGGAGCAGGCGCUGCGCAAUGCCCGCCAGCUGUACGAGAAGGAGCGCGCGGACCAAAAGAGCCACAUUCACAUGAUUGUCAUCGGUCAUGUGGACGCCGGGAAGAGCACCCUUAUGGGCCACCUCCUCUACGACACCGGGAACGUCUCGCAGCGCGUGAUGCACAAGCACGAGCAGGAGUCCAAGAAGCUGGGCAAGCAGAGCUUCAUGUACGCCUGGGUGCUGGACGAGACGGGCGAGGAGCGGGCCCGUGGCAUCACCAUGGACGUGGGCCAGUCGCGCAUUGAGACAAAGACAAAGAUCGUUACUCUGCUGGAUGCUCCGGGGCACAAGGAUUUUAUUCCAAACAUGAUUUCCGGGGCCACGCAGGCGGAUGUGGCUCUCCUCGUGGUGGAUGCCACGCGGGGAGAGUUUGAAUCCGGCUUUGAGCUUGGCGGGCAGACCAGGGAACAUGCCAUUCUUGUGCGCUCCUUAGGAGUCAAUCAACUAGGCGUAAUUAUCAACAAACUGGACACCGUUGGCUGGUCGCAGGAGCGCUUCAACGAAAUCGUGACCAAGCUAAAGUCCUUCCUCAAGCAGGCUGGUUUCAAGGAAUCCGAUGUGAGUUUCACGCCCUGCUCCGGCCUGACCGGCGAGAAUCUCACCAAGCAGGCCCAGGAAUCGGCCCUGACCAGCUGGUACAGUGGUCCGCAUUUGCUCGAUGUCAUCGAGAACUUCAAGAUCCCCGAGAGAGCCAUCGACAGACCGCUUCGCAUGUCCGUUUCGGAUAUUUACAAGGGCACCGGCUCGGGUUUCUGCAUUUCUGGACGCGUGGAGACGGGCGUGCUGUGCCUGAACGAUAAGGUUUUGGUCGGUGCCAGCCGGGAGCAGGCGCAGGUCAAGUCGCUGGCCAUGAAUGACUUCCCGCAGACCAGUGUCUUCGCCGGCGAUCAGGUGUCCGUCACCCUGCCCGCCUUGGACAUCAACAACGUGACCGUGGGCUGCAUCAUCUGCGAUCCACAGACUCCGAUUCCCGUGACCACGCGAUUCCAGGCCAGGAUUAUCGUGUUCAACGUCAAGGUGCCUAUAACCAUGGGUUUUCCCGUGCUGCUGCAUCAUCAGUCGCUGAUUGAGCCCGCUGUGGUCUGCAAACUGACCGCCUCGAUCCACAAGAGCACCGGCGAGGUGGUCAAGAAGAAGCCACGUUGCCUGGGCAACAACUCGUGUGCUCUGGUGGAACUGGAGACCAGCAGACCCAUCUGCAUCGAGCGGUACGCCGACUUCAAGGAGCUGGGAAGGGUGAUGCUAAGGGUGGCGGGCGUCACCAUUGCCGCUGGGAUGGUCACCAAGAUCCGCUGAUUACAACCCGUGCCGUGCUGAAUUUUAUACGAAAUUUUAGUUAGAUAUUCACUUUUGUUGUUUUGCUAAAUAUACACACAUAGUUUAUAUGAAUUGAUUAAAUCGAAAAAAGACGUUGAGGCAGUGGAA